AAUCAUGGCUUCUCUGUUUAGAUGGAUGACAACAGAAGCCCCAUUAAUUUCACAUCAGUUGUUUGUGUCUUCUGCAGAGCUUCUGCUGCGGAGAUCGGGUCGGAGUGGGUCAGACUGGCUUCCAAAAAAAGAACAGAGCUAAAUAUUAAGGUGAGCUUGCAUGUUAAACUCGUAUACAAGAACCGCUUCACUUCCAUAUGGAUUUCCUAAAACUAUCCUCAAAAUGGACUUUGGUCUACUUCAGCAUGUUAUUACUGGGAGCCAUUUCCUACGUUUUGUUUGCUUCUUUUCAUAUAGAAAGACAGUCGGUCACAGAUGUUGAAAUAAAACACAGGCCAAAGGUGACGACAGACUCUGUGACUGAGUUCUCGGUGACAUCAAAUCAACUGACUGUGACAAAGCCACCAACGCCAACUGAGAUAUUGGAGACCUUCAAUAGGUCUCUGCUGACCAUCCUCAUUUGGACGUGGCCAUUAGGUUAUCAGUUUCCUCUAAAUAGUUGUCCAAGAAAUGAAAACUCUGGUUGUUUCUACACCUUGAACCGAAAUGCGUACUCCAUAGCAGACGCUGUUGUUAUUAGUCAUAGGGAUGUAUACAAGUCAGAAAAGCUUUUACCUCCAGAGCCAAGACCAUCCAAUCAAUACUGGAUCUGGUUUAGUGUGGAGUCUCCAACCAACUGCCCAAAUUUAAAGCUCAUGGACAACAAAAUAAACCUCACCAUGUCCUACCGACUUGAUUCAGAUAUAUCUGUUCCGAAUGGAGCGCUAGAAAAAGUUGAUGGAAAAAUAAAUUUUACAAUCCCCCAAAAGUCAAAGUUGGUGGCCUUGGUGGUGAGCAACUGGAAUACAAAGUACAGGAGAACCCAAUAUUGUGAGGAGUUAAAGAAAUACAUUCCAAUCGACAUCUAUGGAAAAAACGGCUUGCCUCUUCCACGGAACGAGACUUUGCAAACUCUGGCCACAUAUAAGUUCUACCUCGCCUUUGAGAAUUCCAUACAUGAGGAUUACAUCACGGAAAAGUUCUGGAAAAAUUCACUGAUGGCAGGAACUGUGCCCAUCGUCAUAGGUCCUCCACGUAAAAAUUAUGAGCGUUUUAUUCCACCCGAUGCUUUUAUUCAUGUUGACGACUUUUCAUCUCCCCAAGAACUGAAUGAAUGA